AAAUUAUUGUGCUAAAAUGAUUGUCAAAUUGAAUUUAAUUGCUGCUGCAUGUGAAAACAUGGGAAUCGGAAAAAAUAACAAUCUGCCCUGGAGACUCAAAACUGAAAUGGAGUUUUUCACUCGAAUGACUACAAAAACAGAAGAUAUCAACAAGAAAAAUGUGGUUAUAAUGGGACGAAGAACCUGGGACUGCAUUCCCAAAAAAUUCAAACCUCUGAACAACAGAAUUAACAUUGUUUUGUCCAGAUCAGAUCUGGAUUUAACAAAUUUCACUGAUGUUUAUGGGUUCAAGAGUCUUGAAGAAUGUAUUGAGAGACUGGAGGAGGAGGAGUUUCAAAAAUUGUAUGAAAAUGUAUGGGUUAUUGGUGGAAGCCAUAUUUACAAGGAGUCAAUGGAAUCAGAUAAUUUCUACAGAUUGUACUUGACCAAAAUACUGAAAGACUUUGACUGUGAUACAUUCUUUCCAAAAUUGCCAGACAACUUGAAACAAGUUAGUGAUCCAGAAGUUCCAGAUGGUAUACAAAAUGAGAAAGGCAUUGAGUUUGUUUAUAAUGUGUACCAAAAUCCAACCUUCCAAAACUAAAAUCCACCAGACAAUUCCAGAAAGUACUUUUAAUCAUAAGAUGAAAAUAUAUUUUUCCACUAAGUAAUUUUAAGGUAACCAUGCAACUUCGUUCAUUCAUGUGUGAUUUGCUCAAUGAUACUGAUAUGCUGUUAAAUAAAAUUGUUUUGCUAUUGUAAAAGAUUUAUUCAUUUAUAAUCACCACUCAACAUCAUCACAUUUCAAGAUAUUCAUAGACAUAUAUUGAGCCAAACAAAAAAUGUGAUGUUUAUUUACAUUUAUCUGUACAAUCUCGGAAAACGGGAAAUAUUUACAAUAAAUUUGGAUUUCCAGAGAUAACAAUGUGCAAAACACUUCAACUAUGUGGAGAUAACUAUAAUGUAUCAAAAAAUAUAUACAAGGUGCUCAAUAUAGCAAUAUCUUUCACUUAAACCUAAAAAUUAUAAAUAAUGCUUUUGAAUACAAAUUAAAUCUAGCUUGUCAAAUAAUAAAUAUCAGUGACUAUCACCCUAUCAUGCCAACAAGAAACGUCUCCAUAUAAAAAUAUACCAA